CAGGAUCUGCUGGGUCACCGAAUUUGGCUGCACUUCCGGAUCGGGCAGCCAAUCGUGUCUCUCUCGCCGGAGGGGUUUCUGAGCUGUUUAUAAGCCUGAAUACAAACGCCUUAUUUCAAGAUGCAUUCGCCAAGGAUUGGAAUUUACAUGAAGAGGAGAAAGCGAGGCUGCUCCAAGGCUUGAAAAUCAUCUUCCUCCAUCUGGCCGUCGCUCUCUCUGUCUCUUCAGAUCGGUGCUCAUUUCCUCUCCUUUCACCGUCAUGCUGUGUUGGGGGAACGCCAGGGAUGGGCAGUUGGGUAUCGGCGUGGAGAGGCACCCCGUGUUCGAGCCGAGGAACUGCCACGUGUUCAGUAGGCGAGGGCUGAUAGAGGUCGCGUGCGGAGGCCAGCACACACUGUUCCUGCUGCACGAUGGAAGCGUGUACACAUGCGGCUUUAACGGCUGCAGGCAGCUGGGCCACAAUAAAGAUGGGUCUUUCCCAGAGCUGGUGGGUGCUCUGGACACUCAGAAGAUAACGAUGGUGUCGUGUGGUUGGGCCCAUUCCAUGGCGGUAAACGAGCAGGGCCAGGUGUUUGCGUGGGGAGCCGGUGACAGGGGACAGCUGGGCCUGGGAACAGCAGAGAACGCCGUCCGAAUCCCAAGGUUGGUGAAAAGACUCUGUGAUCACAGCAUCUCUCAAGUGAUGUGUGGGAACCAGCACUGCAUCGCACUUUCUCGAGAUGGCCAGCUCUUCACAUGGGGUCAGAACACCAACGGUCAGCUCGGUCUGGGGAAAGGAGAGCCCAGCAAACUGUCUCCUCAUCCUCUGAAGUCUCUGGCAGGAAUCCCUCUGGCCCAGAUCACCGCUGGAGGAGACCACAGCUUUGCUCUGUCCUUGUCUGGGGCUGUAUUCGGCUGGGGCAAGAACAGAGCCGGGCAGCUCGGCCUCAACGACAAGCAAGAUCGAGCUGUUCCAUGUCACGUCAAAUUCUUGAGAUCCCAGAAGGUUGUUUACAUCAGCUGUGGAGAUGAACACACAGCAGCCCUCACAAAAGAUGGAGGUCUGUUUACGUUUGGCGACGGGUCGUGGGGCCAGCUAGGUCACGGAUCGACCAAUAACGAGCUCUUACCGAGACGAGUGUUGGAGCUCAUGGGUACUGAGGUGUCACAGGUGGCCUGCGGCAGGCACCACACUCUGGCGUUAGUGCCCUCCUCCAGCAUGGUGUAUGCGUUUGGUUGUAAUAGUCAAGGCCAGCUGGGGACAGGAAUACUGGGAGAUGCGAGGAGCCCAUUUCCCAUCAAAACAAGCUUCCUGAGUGGAAAUCUGCAGCGAGAAACAAAGCAGUACAUGGUGAUAAAGAUCAUCUGUGGAGGAGACCACAGUUUCCUAUUAUACUCCAAUGAGCAGAAUUCUAUCAACCCGGUGGACUUCAGAGUGAUCAACAUCAGUAAAAGUUUGUCUCCCAUCAACUAUGAGAGGUUAAACUCCUGGAGGUUAAAGCUGAUGUACAACACAGACUCCAGUGUUGCAAAUGAUAUUGUAAUCCAACUCUCCUCUGCAGCUUGUUGGAACGCCAGCUUCUUGGACCAAAGUGACGAUACUCACUUCAAAACCAACCCCAAAAUUCCAGGCAUUGACUUGAACUCUGUCAGAGUUCUGUUUGAGUGUCUCAGCAAACCGGCCUUUUCUGGACUCCUGGAACAGGCCAGCACGAGCUUUGAGAGUCUGUUGAUUCCCCAGCUGCCCCGCUCCCCUCCUGACGUUGAGGCCAUGAGGAUCUACCUCAUCCUGUCCGAGUACCCCGCCCUGCAGGACUCCAAGAACUACAUCCGUCUCACCAUUCCUCUGGCGAUGGCAAUUCUCCGACUAGACACCAACCCCAGCAAAGUAUUGGAUAACUGGUGGUGUUUUGUGGAUGGCAAUGUGUUCACCAGAAUGGUGGACACGUACAAGAGCAUUGUUGUGUUUAUGCUCACAGGAGGCAAGACGCUCUUGGUACCUGUAUUCUACGACAAUUAUUUUUUGGCCACACUGCAGCUGCUGGAGAAACUCCAUAAGGUGAACCUGAAGGCCAACCAUGUGGAGUACAGCCAUUUUUAUAUCCCUGAUGUCACCAGCCUGGUGGACAUCCAGGAAGACUACCUCAAAUGGUUUCUGAGUAAAGCCGAGAUUAAAGUUGGAUCAUCUCCUUCACAGAGUGACUUUCCCUCCGUAAACCUCUGUGCCUUUCCGUUCAUCUUGAACGCUCAAGCCAAGACUACAAUGCUGCAAACAGAUGCUGAACUGCAAAUGCAGAUGGCAGUGAGUGGUGCAAACUUGCACAAUGUCUUUAUGCUGCUCACACUGGAACCCCACCUUGCUAGAAACCCCUACCUGGUGCUCCAUGUGCGUAGGAACCAUUUAGUAAGUGACACCCUACGUGAGCUCACCAUGUACACUGAUGUGGACCUCAAGAAGCCACUCAAGGUGAUAUUUGAUGGCGAGGAGGCUGUAGAUGCAGGUGGAGUGACUAAAGAGUUCUUCCUGCUGCUGUUAAAAGAGCUGAUGGAUCCUGUUUAUGGGAUGUUCACUCAUUAUAAAGACUCCAACCUGCUGUGGUUCUCAGACACUUGUUUUGUAGAGCAGAACUGGUUCCACCUGAUUGGGGUCAUCUGUGGUCUGGCCAUCUAUAACUCCACUGUGGUGGACCUGCACUUCCCUCUCGCUCUCUACAAGAAACUUCUAGAUGUUUUGCCCAAACUGGAAGACUUUAAGGAGCUCUCGCCGACAGAGGCCAGGAGUCUUCAGGAGCUUUUGGACUAUGAAGGGGAAGAUGUGGAAGAAAUAUUUCUUCUUAACUUUUCUAUCACUAGGGAGAAUUAUGGGAUGGUAGAAGUCAAGGAGCUGGUUCCUGGAGGAGAAAGCAUCGCCGUGGACAAAAACAACAGGAAGGAGUUUGUGGAGGCCUACCUGCGCUACGUGUUCACGGACUCUGUGUCCGAGCAGUACUCUGCCUUCUCCUCCGGUUUCCUGAAGGUGUGCGGGGGGGAGAUUCUGGCGCUGUUCCAGCCCUCUGAGCUGAUGGCCAUGGUGGUUGGCAACAACAAUUAUAACUGGGAGGAGAUGGAGAAGAACGCUGUUUACAAAGGAGAGUUCUCAGCGACUCACCCAACAGUCAGAUUGUUCUGGGAGGUUUUCCACGAAUUUUCCUUGGAAAAGAAGAAGCAGUUCUUACUGUUCCUCACCGGCAGUGACCGUAUCCCCAUCCAUGGAAUGGAGAGCUUGCGUAUCGUCAUCCAGUCCACCACGGCCGAGGAGCAUUACCUGCCGGUGGCCCACACCUGCUACAACCUCCUGGACAUGCCCCGCUACCAGACCAAAGAGAUCCUGCGUCGCCGUCUGACUCAGGCCGUGGAGCAAUACGAGGGCUUCAGCCUGGUCUGAGGGGCAUCUGAGAGGAGCUUCAAUGCACUUUAACUGCAAUACACCCCGCCCAACAUCCCAGUGUGUGUGUCUGUCUGAAGGUAACACUGCUCUGGACACACGGAGGUCACUGGUGAAGAUGACCUGACAUCAGAAAACAUUUGAGAAGAUUGAGAAACUUUGACUUCUGGGUGUUUGCAUCGAUUUUGUUGUUGUUUUCUUUUGACUUCUUUAAAAAAAAUUGUUUCGUAAAAUUGUGUAUUUUAUAUUCCUUAAAUUCUAUUUUUCACCUUUAAAUUUAUUUUGUUGUUGCCCUGACACAAUAUAUUGCUUUUGGUUAUUUUUAAUUUAUUAAACAGAGGGUUUUAUAUUUUGACAAACAUGUAUAGAUUUGUGUAAAUAGGACUUUAAUCUCUGCUCCUUAUGUUUGGAGGGGAGUUUAGUCUCGCUGAUCCUUUUAAAUCUGGACUUAAGCAUGUCCUUCCUCCCUGAUUAUACACUCAACAAAAAUAUAAACGCAACACCUUUGUUUCUGCUCUGAUUUUUCAUGAGAUGGACUUAAAGAUCUAAAAUUCAUUCCAGAUACACAAUAUUACCAUUUCUCUCAAACAUUGUUCACAAAUCAGUCUAAAUGUGUGAUAGUGAGCACCUGUGCUUUGCUGAGAUAAUCCAUCCCAGACCGGUUCUGAGUCCCCAGACCCCCAAUAAGGCAAAAAACUGCACAUUCCAGGGUGGCCUUUUAUUGUGGGCAGUAUAAGGUGCACCUGUGCACUAAUCAUGAUGUCAGAUCAGCAUCUUGAUGUGGCACACCUGUGAGGUGGAAUGGAUUAUCUCAGCAAAGCACAGGUGCUCACUAUCACACAUUUAGACUGAUUUGUGAACAAUGUUUGAGAGAAAUGGUAAUAUUGUGUAUCUGGAAUGAAUUUUAGAUCUUUAAGUCCAUCUCAUGAAAAAUCAGAGCAGAAACAAAGGUGUUGCGUUUAUAUUUUUGUUGUGUAUAAAAAAAGAAGGGACGAUUGUUUUUGGCAGGCCGAGGAAGGCUUCAGGGCAACAUGUACGGAGUGUGUGAUUCCUGCCGUUUAGCUCUUUAACCUGCAUUCAACAGCGUUGCCUUCUACAACUAAACCUACUGUAAAGACCUGAAGUUAACGUUCAGAGUUGCUUGCCGGGACCCGUAUGCAUGUUGUUGGGUGAAAGCUAAAGCUAGAUUGUUUUUUCUUUCAAUUCCAGUGAUUCCAUUUCUAGUAGGUUAGAAGAGAAGAAACAUCAGGCUAAUUCUAACAGACCAGGGCCUGAAGUAAACGAGUCCUAGCUUCACCCACCAUCUCCAAGGUUCCAGUUAAAUUACCGUUAAAGGUAUGGUUCACAUCCUUUCUAGUGGGUUUCUGUGGAAAGUUUCUGGAUCUUAUGUUUUUGAAAGUCACUUAAACAAUCUUGGUUUGAAGAAAUUGAUUAUUUCUGAUUAGAUUGACAGGCUAACGGCUAGCCACACUGAAGUGGAUUUCUUUUUGUGAAAUUUGAUUUAUUAGCCUUCAUAGGACCUUAGUUUUAGAAAAUCUGGUCAGUGAGAAAAUACAGCUUGAUUUUCCUCAGAAAAUCAAAGACUAGUAACAAAUGCCCUCAUACUGGAGUUGUCUCCUUAUCAGACAAAAGCCUGAAAACCAGAACGAAACCAACAAAAACACAACCAUUUUCCUGUUAUUGUCUUAAGCUAGCUGUGACCUCAGAAACGUCACUAAAAAGGUAAUAAAACAUAAAGUGUGUCCUUUAAAUGUCACAUAAAACAGAACAUAUAAAAACAGUAUCAUCGAUGAUUGUAACUAUUAUCCACUGUACCACAAAUUAGAGGGUAACUCUUUUUUAUAUUUGAAUAAAUGCAUAUUUUAACUAUGUGGGUUGAUGAAAUACAUAUUAGCUUCUAUUAUAAAUCUGAUAUUACUUGUUCCAGAACCUGCCCUGAUGCUGUAUUUACUCUUUAAGCUGAACCUCUUACUACAAAGUGUUGGUCGUGCAUUGAAUCGUGUGAAGUCGUCUUGCAUUUAUAACUCUUGGUAGUGGUGUUGAAGUGACUUCACACACCUGAUGAUCCAUUCAGCAAUAACAACCUAAAGCAGCCCAGUAAUGAGAAAAAAAAGAAGAAAAAAAACUCUGGGUGAAACGCUGGAGCCUUCUGAGGACCGACCCUUCACGCUAUACUGCAUGUAGACAACAUUUCUGUCUUUUUCUUCAUGUCAGGCUGAUUUCUCCUACAGAGUUUAGUCCUAUGCAAAGGUUUGUGCAGCCCUUGACUUUUCUGCACCUUUUUAUGUGCUAGAGCAUUUUUUUUCUUGUGUAAUUAUUACAAAUAAAAACAAAGUUCUCUGUUCCAGCCAAGAUUUUAAAUAAAAUACAUUGGAAUAAACAAA